AUUAUUACCCCCUCCCUGCCCGGUAUCGCAUCAGGAUACCGCCCUCCUCUUUCCCGUCGCUCCACCUCGUCUCCAGCGCGGAGUGCGCCGCCGCUCGCCGUGCCUCUAUCUCCCCGCGAGCACUUCAGAGGUGGCGUCUGCUGCAUCUCAUAUCGUCGCCGGGCAAUCGAAGGAGAACGAGGAAAAUUGAAGGAUCUGCACGGGGAGAGGAGAAUCUUUAGGAGGAUCUGCAGGGGAGGAAAAGGAUCUGUAGGCGAAGAGGAAGAGGAGGGCAGCAAAACGACCAGGAGUCAGGAGUGCUGGAAAGAUGUCAGCAAGUAAGGGGAAGAGAGGUGUUUUCUCAAAAAAGAAAAAAAGAACUCGCAGUGAUGGAGAGUCAUCGAUCUCAGAUAUUUGGAGUCAGCUGCAUGAAGACGUUGCAUCAAAUCUUCGUAGAAGUGUUGUCUCACUUGUUUUGAAUGCACGCGGAUUUCGGUUUCCAUUCUCUGGUAUUGCCAUAGAAUGCCAGAACAAUGUCACAAAGUUUGUGACAACUGGAAAGUUGGUUAGUGUUCUUCAGACGUGCGACUAUGAAGAAGAGAUCGAAGUGUACUAUGAAGGAAAUGUUGCCACAGGCUAUCUGGACGAAUAUGAUUCUGACUGUCAACUUGCUGUUGUCAAAGUCUUGUCCCCCCUUAAUGUUUAUUGCAUACAUCUUAAUCCUGGGAUGGAAUCUGUGCCCUGUAAGCAGCUAAUAGCUGUAGGGCGUGUCUAUGACGAAUUCAUAGCAACAAGUGGGGAAAUAUCACGUGGAUCUAAAGAUAGAGAAUUUCUUAUAUUCUCUCGUUCCCCUGAGAAUUCGUUAGGGGCGGCAUUUUUUGAUAUAGAUGGAAAUUUUGUUGGCAUGAACCACUGCUAUUUCUUGCCAAGGAGAAUAUUUCUCGAACGGUCAACAUCAAGGGGGGUAUUUCGCUAUGUUGGCAUGAAUGGUUGGUAUGAGACUAAAAGGGGGGAACUUUACUUCCAUCCUAAAGCAUAUGAUGUUGUUGACAAGGAACAAUUUCAGGAUCUGAAUUCUUUGGGUUAUCCUAUUCCAUCAAGGACUAUGGUCAAUCGUGGCAUGAUUUUGGUUAAUACUUGUGAAGAUCCUUUUGGUGAUUUAUAUCCUAAAGGUGUUUGGGGUGUAUUCAGGAAAAGAGUUUCUUCUGAGAUAUCUCGAAAUGUUGUGGCACUUGCUUCUUUCAAAGGAGAAACAAGGUUUUUUGCAUGCACUGGAGUUUUUAUUGACUAUGAUGAUGAGUAUCCGAAAAUUCUUACUUCAGCAAGCUUGAUUAGAGAUCGUAAUGAUCCAAAUAAGAUCGUUGAGGACCUGAGGAUUGAUGUGUUGCUCCCAAGCAAAAAGUGCAGAGUAAUAGGGACAUUGAAACAUUAUAGUUUACAUUACAAUGUUGCUGUAGUCAGUGUUGAUAAUCACCGUGCUCUUUGUCCUAUGAAUCUUGAGAAGCGUCCUGUGAAUCUUCAUGAUUCUCUGGUAAAUAAUUCUACGGUAGUAGCUGUUGGGCGGAUCUUCCAAUCAGGCACGUUAAUGGCUGCAAGUGGGAAACUAACUCUGGGGUCAAGCUCGCUUGAUUGCAAAGUUCUUUGUUACUCCACAUGUAAAAUCAGUAAGGUGGGGAUUGGAGGGCCCCUUGUUGAUGUUGAUGGUAAUUUUAUUGGCAUGAACUUUCAUGGAAUGUGCUACAAUUGUGAGAAAAUAGGAACCCCGUACAUGGAUUAUGAAGAUCUCUGUAGAAUCCUGGAAUGUUUGAAGACAAAAAAAACUACAGAGUUUAGUUUCGGGGACACUGUCCGUGGAGAUGAGGAACCAAUAAAUGAGUGGCCAGUGCCUGAUCCAUAUUGGUUUGAUCCAAGUGAUGUGGAGGAGGAUGAUAUGAAUGACAAACAAGAAGUCGUAGCUGAUGGCUGCCCUAAAUGCGUGCUCAAGUAGUCUUUGCUCUACUUCACUGGAGCUUGUUCGAGUUGGCAUGUCUUAAGUACUUGUAUUAGUUUGAGCUUGUAUGCUAUGUAAGAUAUAAAUGGUUUAUUGUCUUUUUUUGAUGUACCUACAUUUAAUGUGUGGUUUUUAAGCUUGAGCUAAUACUAAUCUCUCCAUCUGGACCUGUUUACAUGCA